UUAGAUAACAUUUUGAAAAUGUAUAUUUUUAAAUUGUUAAAGGUGGCAGCCUGACAGGUAUUUCUCAUCUCGGACAUAGUGACUAACUAUGUCCGAAAUGGAUGAUGAUUUUAAUAGAACUAUUCAAGAUAAUGAUGAAGACAUUGAAGAGGACAUUGAUGAAAAUGCAGACCUUAAUUCAUCACGACCAACAUCAUCUAUGUCAACAGGCUCAUCAAAGUCAGUCAGUGGUUCUCGUGGCCCGCAGAAAUCUCACCCUGUAUUGGCCCAUUUUAAACAAGAAAUGGUUGAAGGGAAAGUAUGGAGUUUUCUUUUGCAUUUCUAAUUGCAAUUACAAGACUAAAGGAGUUAUCGUUACUAAUGUUAAAAACCACCUGACAUAAAAGCACAAGAAAGAAGCCCAAGAAUUGGUAUCUGCAGAAGAAAUAAGAAAGGAAUCAGAUAAUUCAAAAUGUAAGUCCCUCAAAAGAAAAACAGAUGAGAAAGGAUCAAUAGACAAAUUUCUGUCAGGAAAGAAAUCGCUGGGAAGAGCAUACAGCAAAUCUUCUGAAAAAUACCGUAAUCUUAAACACAAAUUAACGAUUAUUGCAGCGUGUACUACAAUUUCUCAAAACGCCUUCCAGUCUCUGGAAUUUAAGCGGUACAUUGAAGAAUGCGACCCCAACGCAGCAGCUUGCAUUCCAUCUCGGCCUACCCUCACCUCAUGGGUCAUUGAUUUUUCAAGUAAAUUAAUGCAACUUGUAUCGGAAAACUUAAGAGCUGUAGAGAAAUUUAACGUUUGCAUCGACAUUUGGUCCCAACGAGGACUCAGUCAUUCUUACCUUGGGUUAACCGUUCAUUAUUUUAACAAGCAAUCAAACAAAUACGAUUCCGUAGCACUGGCUUGCCAUUCUCUGGAGCAGCCACAUAAUAGAAAAGCCAUUAAAUAUGCUUUGGACGAUUGUUUGGAGAAAAAUGGUUUUAGAGAUUCCUCAAACGUGUUUCGUUACGUUACCGACAAGGGUGCUAACGUCAUUUGCGCACUCAAACCAUACAAAAUUCUCAUGGCUGUUCCCUCACAAUACCUCUCAGAUUUUGACGACGAGUUUCCUGUUGACUUUUUCAUGGAAGAAAGCGAGGAGCUAGACGGCGACGAAUCUGAACAAAUAACCGAAAUUUUAGAUCUGGAUUCGGAAGCCUCGGAAGAAGAGGAAUCACAAAUUGAAGACGACAAUGAGGAUAAUAUGGAUUGGGUGGAAGAGGAAUUUCCUAAACGACUCACUUGCAUUGAUCAUGAACUCAACACAAUGUGCCAUCGAGUACUGGACAAAACAACAUCACCUAUUUCUAAAUUAAAAUGCAGAGUCCUUCCAUUAAUCAAUCGCUUUUCAAAAUCAGGUGUUGCUGUAGAAAAGCUGAAAUACCUAGCUGUGAAGAAAUUAUUGAAGGUGGUGCCAACAAGGUGGAACUCUUUUUUCUAUGUAUGCAAUCGCUUGUCAAAACUAAAAGAAGCUGUCAUCAAAGUUUGCCUUGAGAGGGGAUGGGAGAUAGAUUUUUUGUGGAACGACGUGGAACUGUAACGCGAUUUCUUGCGUCCAAUGGCAAUUGCUACAACCUUUCUUAAGGGGCACAAAUACUCUACAAGUCCAUCUGUUGUACCAUUUCUUUUAACAAUAUCUGAACAUCUACAAGACUCGUGAAAAUCUUCUUGGAGAAUUGAAAAGUCGCUUCAGUCUGAUUAUGGAUCCUUAUUCAAGAAAUUUCGACUCCACCUUCUUGAUAUGCACUAUGCUUAGCCCACUCAAAACAACAAAAUUGGACGACGAGCUGUUUAGUACUGGUAAACAACGUUUGAAGAUGCAUUUGUUGUCGCCAUCUGCAUCUAUAACUUCAAUCAGAGAGACCCUCAGUUCGUCUACAUCUACAGUUACAUCCACAGAAGGCAAAACUUCUGUUUCUGAUGGAUUGCAUACUUCAAAUAAAAAGGAAGAACAGAAAAUCGCUGCUCAACAGGACCUUUGUAAAAAAAGACGCAUUGUUAUGACUGAUUCUUCUUCCAAAUCUCAACAGCAGUUACUCAAAGAAGAAAUCGAAAAAGAACUGGAAGAAUACUUUUCGUAUUUGGAUAAAAAUUUGAAUGCAACUGAUCUGACUCUGAGCCAGGAAGAUCCAUCACACUUCUGGGUUCAAAAUUCAUUGCGAUUUCCAUACUUAAGCAAAACUGCAUUCGACUUUUUAGCCAUUCCGGCCACAUCGGCCUCAACUGAACGGCUUUUUUCUGGGGCUGAGCUGAGUACCGAUGGAAAUCGAGGAAACAUAGGUCCAAAAUUACUCGAAUCUGAGGCUUGCGCCAAAUAUAACUACAGGGAACUAUUUAAGGACUUGUAAGUCGAAUCAACUUUUCAGUUAUCAAUACCAAUCAUUUUACUGUUUUUAAGUUUGAAUUAUUUUUUUUGGUUUUUUUUUUCAAUUGUACUAUUAGAUUAACUUAAAAUACUCAAAAUAUUGAGAAUUAAUAACUAAGAACUGUUGCUAAAAGGUUUUUUUCCAUAAAUAAAAGACAAAGAAGUG